UGGAUUUGGAGGGGAAAAUGCCAUUUAAAAAAAUAUUUCCCCAUCAGAGGUACAUUUGUAAUGUGUACCACACUUAGUCUGCUGGGAAGGUUUGGUCAAAUGGUGAAAAAACAAACACCUUGUACAUUUUCAUGGCUUUUCUGGAAACAGUCCCCAGCUAAAUCAGGGGAAGGUGUCUUAAACAGUGCAAAGUCAUUUAUGGUUUAUGCCCUUUAUGACCAGAUUCUAUUAAAUGUAAAAUUUCACUUUGUACUUGUGUAAGCACAUUUAAAAUUAAGGUUGUUUUUCUUUUUUUGUAUAUAACUUUAUAAACAGAUUUUGCACAACUGCAUAGUGUUAGGUUUCUAGACUUUUGGAUUAUGGUCUAAUCUGGGAAAUUUAAAGACACAUGACCUACUUGUUUUGUCAGUUUUGCUGUUUGUCUGUUUGGAUUGGGAUGAUGUUAUUUUGUUCGUUUUAUAAAGCAUGAGCCAGUAUCUGCAAAACGAGGUAAUGAAACACCUUUUCUUAGUAUUUAGAGGCUCGACCAGUUUAACACAAAAAUCUAGUCUGUAAAGAAGUAGUACCGCUUUGUGGCCAAUAGAGGGCAGCAGCGAAAUGCAUUUACUGUGUCUGGGAAAUCAGUCGAAGAAGUAAAAAGAGGAAACAAACAUGAGCUGCUGAACUUCAGCAGCAGAGGAUGUCUGGUUUUAUGAGUACUAAAAACAAAAUCACAGUCAGACAUGUUCAGGCAGGAAACAUUUGAGAGUCAGUUGUCGUCUGUGAUGGAGACUCUGGUGGAGGCGGCCGUGACAGAGCUCGGGAGACUUCUGGAGAGGAGCUCGGCUCCGGUUGUGGCCGCUCAGCAGCGCUCAAAUGCGGCUUCCGUAGUCGCCGUGAAGCGCGAGGAUGAGGAGAGUGAGGUGACGCUACGCAGGCAACACCUUCACGAGGAUGUCACGAACCAUUUUGCUUCCCUGAUGAAAAAGUGGGCUGAAGUUGCUGUGGAGAAAAUCUCCUUAAUUUUCAGGGUGUCCUUGAGUGAUGCCAGAGAUGCUCCUGCUGCAGAGAAACCCAGAGCAGGGCAGAUCGAUACUGGGUGCAGAAAAAAAUCUGUGUCCAGAAAGAGAAAUAACAUGCAAGGAUCGCAACCAGCAACAAGACAGAUGAGUGAUCACUUAUACUGUAGAGAGGAGGAACACAUCGAUCAGUCAACAGAAGAAGCUGACCCAGAAUCUGUGCCAGAACCUGCUGAUCCAGCAUCACAUGAGGAAAAUAGUUCUGAAGUCCUCUCUGAACCUGAAGUAGCAGAUCCUGAACCAGCCUCCAGUGUCAUUAAGGAAAAUGGCGUCCAAAAAGACGCUGAGCAUGAAUGCACUGCUGUGAAAAUCGGAAGGAAGCAGCCCUCCAAGGAAUUCACAUGUCCUACGUGUGGCAAAGCAUUUGCUCUGAAGUGCUUGAUGAACAGACACUGCCUGACUCACUCCAAGCCUCACCUUUGCUCUGAGUGCGGCAAGCGCUUUGCCGGACUCCGCGGGCUCAUUGCACAUUCGAGAAAACACACCGGGGAGAAGCUUUACAAAUGCUCCAAGUGCGGGACGGAAUUUGCAUACAAAUCGACCUUCCACAGGCACAUGCGUCAGCACAACCUAAACAAACCGAUCACCCACACGUGCUCGCUGUGCGAGGAGCAGUUCACGGGGAAACAGGCGUUUCAGCGACACAUUUGUUGCGCAUUAAAGAAGACGUUUGUUUGCUCACUUUGCCCAGAGACCUUUGAGUGCAGGCAGAGCUUGGACGAUCAUGAGAAUCUUCAUUCAGGAAACAGAGAUUUCGUCUGCGAAAUGUGCGGGAUGACCUUCUUCUCGUCUGCAUCUUUGGCCGCUCACCGAGUUACCCACACACAAAAGGAAAACUGCGAGGUGCUCAGCCUCGGUUUCAGUGACACGAGCAAAAACACCAGAGAAAAGCUUUUCACCUGCGAGGUCUGUGGCAAAGGAUGCAGUCACAGGAGCGCCCUGAAGCAUCACAUGCUGACCCACACGGGCGAGAGGCCAUACGUCUGCGAGACCUGCGGCAAACGCUGUGGACACGCCAGCGCGCUUCAGAACCACAUGAGGAUCCACACGGGCAAGAAGCCAGGAGAGAAGCCCGUCUGCAACGUGUGCGGCAAGAAAUUCCGCUGCAUGGUCAAUCUCAAGUAUCACACGAGCGUGCAUACGGGGGAAAGGCCGUACGCCUGCGAUCAGUGCGACAAGAGAUUCAGCAACCCAAGCAAUCUGAAGAUGCACAUGAUGACGCACUCAGAGGAAAAGAUGCACAGCUGCAGCAUCUGUGGCAGGAAGUUCACGCAGCUCUACAGCCUGAAGCUGCACAGGCAGGUGCACGCGGGAGAACGGCCAUAUCACUGCGCCGUCUGUGGGAAAACUUUCAUAACCAACAGCGUGUUCAGAACCCAUCAGAAGGUUCACCUGCAGGAGGCAGGACAGGGGCAGACUGGAAAAACUGCAGUGAAAAUCUAAAACACUCUGUGAGGUCACUUCUUGUGCUCGUUAUUGGUUUAAACUUAGAGUCAGAAAGGAUGAUAAUCUAGGACAUGUUCUUUUAGAAAUCCCAAGUAAUUAACCAAUUAAGGUGAAGCUUCACAGGUAGAUUUACCCCUCAGUCCUGACUUCCAGUUUUAAAGCACUGAGUCGUUGAUGUGAAAACAUUCAGAUUUCGUAGCACAACUCCACUAACCAACAGGUGAUGUUAUGGCAGCUGUAUUAAUCUUUUAGACUCUAAAUGAGUAUAAAAAAUGUUUACCAAAGACUUUAAUAUCAAUAUAAUUUGUAGAUAUUUAUAGAAAAUGUGAAAAAUAAAAUGCUCUCCUUCAUUAUUAUAUAUUGUAGUGUUUUCUAGUGUGGAGAUUUGGGGUGGGUUGUAACAGGAACUGGGUGAGUGAGCCCAAACUGCACCUGUCUGAUUGACUAAGGCUGAUGGAGGUGGUGUUUUGUUGGCAGUGAGGCCAUCUGCAUGUGUGAGCAAAUGCAGAAACUUAUGGGCUGUUUGAGAUAUCAGCAAUAUGAACUGAGGCCUGUCUAAUGUGAAACGGCAAUGAAUUACACAAUUUGGGUGCCACUACGGCCAAAACCCUGCCCCCUCUGAGCCUCCGCUCCGUCCUCAGUAUAUCCAGGAGAGAGUUGAUGAGCUGAUGAGAGCAACUAGGAAGGGCUGUGUAAGUGCAGCAGCUCAGAAAUUGUUUCAGAUAUGAUAAUAUGAUUAUUUUUCAGGUUUAAAUUAUUCAAUGUUUUCAGAUUUUAAAUAUCUCAGUAUCUGACACUUCUAGCUUGAAUAAUAAAAACUGAGACAAAUGAGAUUUUACAGUUGUCCAGAGGUGUCUGUCAUUUAAUACACAUAAUCUUUCUUUGGUUGAGGUUUUUGGUUGCUGCAGUUGCAUUUCAGUAAGGCCAACAUUUAGAAAAAGUUGAGAUGAUGUUCCCGAAAAGGACGAAGGAAAGAAUUGCAAUGACUGACCAGCUCAGAGACAGUUGGCACAAAGGUCACCUGAUCAGAGUAGUAACGAUAAAAGUGAGAAUGAGGAGAGUUUGACGGUAUCGAAGUGGCAAACAACCCAAACAGAAGAGAGCAGGUAAAUGUGAGAUCAAGUCCAAGUUUCAUCACUGAUUGAUGACACAGAUGCUUCAUCAGAAGGACUGUGUUAGAGAACCUAACAAAGGUUGGUGGGGUUAAAGGUAACUCUUAAACUUGGGCAUGAUGAUUUUGGUGAAAAUACUUUUACUGUAUAAUUAAAUGAAAGCUUAUAUUCACAAAUGAAGUAAUUUGAUUUCUG